GCCAUGCCGCGCGCGUUCCUGGUGAAGAAGCCGGUGGUGGCCACGGCCAAGCGCAACUGGAGCGAGCUCCCGGACGAGCAGCGGGCGGAGAUCUACGUGCCCAUCUGUUUGGGGGGGUGCCCCCUGCGCAGGGACCCCGAGCCGGCCGUGGGGGAGGCCCCCGCGUCCCCCCUGGACAUGACGCUGCCCCCCCGCGCCCCCCCCGGCCCCUUCCUGCACCCCAAGGGCAAGGUCCCGUCCGGCCCUUUGGGCGCCCCCCUCCCCCCGGGGCUGCCCCUGGCCGGGGGGGUCCCCGUGGGGGUCCCGGUGGCCGGGGGGGUCCCGGGGGGCUCCGAGCUCUUCUCGUGCCCCGUGUGCCACAAGAGUUUCGGGUUCCAGCGGAUGCUGAACCGGCACCUCAAGUGCCACAGCGAGGUGAAGCGGCACCGCUGCCCCUACUGCGGGAAGGGCUUCAACGACACCUUCGACCUCAAGCGCCACGUCCGCACCCACACCGCGCUGCUCGCUGGAGUCCCACCUGCGCAAGAUCCACGGCGUGGCGCAGCGCUACGGCUACAAGGAGCGCCGGGCCAAGCUCUACGUGUGCGAGGAGUGCGGCGGCACGGCCGACAGCCAGGACGCGCACCUGGCGCACCUGCGCCAGCGCCACCCCCACAGCCCCCUCCUGGCCAAGCUGGCCCGCAAGGCCGCGGCCACGCCCGCGCCACGCCCGGCCCCGCCCUGCGCCGCCCCGCCCCCUUAGGGGACUGGCAAAUGGGGGGGGGUGGGGGGGGAGGGGCGGCCACGCCCAGUUUGGGGGGGACGCGCCCGGUUGGGGAGGGACACGCCCGCUUGAGGGGUGUGGCCGUUUGUAGCGGGACACGCCCAUUUAGGGGAUGGACACGCCCGUUUUGGGGUUACGGGAGGGACACACCCAGCUGGGACACGCCCGGUUCUGGGAGGGACACGCCCACUUAGGGACACAGCCACUUAGGGGAGGGACACGCCCAUUUUGGGCAGGGACACACCCAUUUAGGCCAGGGACACACCCACCUGGGGACACACCCAUAUUGGACAGGGACACACCCACCUGGGGACACACCCAUCUGAGGACACACCCACCUGAGGAUACACCCACUUAGGCAGGGCCACACCCACCUGGGGACACACCCAUUUAUGGCAGGGACACACCCACCUCGGGACACACCCAUUUAGGCCAGGGACACGCCCAGUUCUGGGUUGGGGAAGAAUCGCUCUGAGGCCACACCCAGCAGAGAAUGGAGACCACGCCCAUUGGGUUGGGGCACGCCCCUUUUGGGGGUCAGGUGGGGGUGUUGGGGUUGAAGCCACGCCCAUUUGGAGCAGAAGCCACGCCCACUUCCUCCCCCUUGGGAAUUAAAGCCCCUCUGUGAUCACUGA